AUGCAAUGUCCUCCUCGUGAAGAAUUAAAAAUCUUUGUCGACAAUCUGCAACCGGCAAAAACCGAAAUUCAGUACCUGAAUCGAAUAGCAACCGUCGAACAAAUUCGAAUAAUGGCUGUGACACCUGGUCGUGUGACCUCUCAUCAACCACAAUUAUACUACAGACCAUUUAAUAAUACAUUCAAUUUAGUAGCAAGUGAAAAAGUUCUUCGUGAAUGGGAUUAUGACGAUAAUUUAGGCUGUUGUAAUAGUUCAUAUCAUACUGUGUUAACCGAUAUUCGACUUUUGACUCGUUAUCAAGAAUAUAUGUGCUGUGAUAAUGAUACAUCAGACUCUUCACAUACUGAUUCGGCUAUUUUCUUACGUGAUAUUGAUCAAAUUCGUGAAUGUCGCGGGGAACAACCUACUUUUUUCUUUCUUCUUUGGAUGACAUUAAUUUGUGCAUGGCCAUGUUAUAUUUCGCGUCGAAUAUUUUGUCCAAAACCAAAAUGUCUUGAAGUUUUUGGUAGAUUUGGUUCAGAAAUAGUUCGAGUGAGAAGAGACGAUAUGUCAGCAGCUCAAGUGGAUUUAUCCACGGCAAUAAUCAAUAGCAAAAUCGUUUGA